AUGUACGUGCUCCCUGCUGCCCUGCCGUUCGCUGCCUCUCCCAGGCUCCGCCACCCGCCGCUCUUCCCGCCGCCUGCAAGGGUGGUUGUGCGUAGCGAGGCCGGAAAACGACUCACCACCAUCUACUACUCAUCUGCCUUGCUUGCUUGCUUGCUUGCUGGCUUGCCUUGCUACCCACCCCCCACCACCGCCGUCGCCGCCGCCACCACCACUACGACCACCACCACCACCACCAGCUCCACCACAACCACCACCACCACCACAACCACAAACACAACCAUCACCUCCCGCCGUCUUCCCAAAAGUCAAGCCGAUCAGGACUCGUACAUCAGCAGCCUCUGCUUCCCAUUCCCCGGGACCGCCUCCAUCCGCAAGAGCCCGUCGUCCACCCGGCAUCUACGCGACGUCGUCUCCACCAACGUACGACCGUUGCUGCGGCUGCUGCACCUGCGGCUGCACCUGCGGCUGCACCAGCACCUGCUCCUCCUCGUCCUCCACCUCCUCCGCCGCUUCCAGCUGAUCUCUACAGCCGUUUGCUUCCUUCAUUCCCCGUCGCCCGCGGGGCCUCUGCCUCGCGUGUCCCCCCCCCCCCCAAAUCCCCCAAUCUGUCGACGCGGGAGCAGCUACUGA